AUCUCUCUCACUUUUCUCUUUAGAGGGUCCAACUUGCUUCCAGAUCUCGCACCGAUUUGGAUCACUCUUUUGACUCUUCUUCUUCCAAUUCAUUCGCCGCCGCAGAUCUCACUCUCCUAUCCAAGCCGUCAUGGCGGCUGCCAACGCUCCGAUCACCAUGAGAGAAGCUCUCACCUUGCCAAGCAUUGACAUAAAUCCGCAGUUCAUCACUUUCACGCAUGUGACGAUGGAGUCUGAUAAGUAUAUAUGCGUUCGAGAAAUGGCUCCGCAGAAUAGUGUGGUUAUCAUUGAUAUGAACAUGCCGAAUCAGCCUUUGAGAAGGCCUAUUACGGCAGAUUCCGCUCUUAUGAAUCCAAAUUCCAGAAUCCUUGCUUUGAAAGGUUGGAUACUAUUCCGUUGUAUUCUUCUCAUGAACUUGUGA